AAGUUUCAUAAUAUAUAAUAAUAAAAUAAAUUAAUGUUUAAAAUAUUUUUCAAAAUAUUAAAUAAAUUCGAAUCGUCUUUUUGACCAUUAUUACAAUCUCCCCCUCAUAUAUAUUUAUCCGGUCAUAGAAAAUUCUAAAAUAAACUCAAUAGAAGAUUGGGUGAUAUGCCCCUCUCUGCGGUUAGAGAAUGAGCCACGAUUAUUAACUCGGUGGGCCUUUUAGUCAUUUGACAUGUUCCUCGGCCCAUCUCCACCGCACACGCCUCUCCUAAACCGCCGUAACAACCACAAACCUCCUCACGCAACCGUCUCCUCCGCCCUUCCUGACCUCUUCCUCGCAGCGUUCUCUCUCCUCUUCCUCUGGUCUUCCCCCAAACCUCUCGUCUCCCUCCCUCCCAACAGACUCUCCUUCCCUCUAACUCCUCGCCGCCGAUCCACCGCCUCCAUGUCCCGUCUAUCUCCUCCUCAUCCUCCUCCUCCGCCGCAGCGCUUCGCCAACGCUCAGUCUCUCUCCGAUUGGCUCGAGUCGAGACUGCCGUCCGACUCGUUCGCCGCAUGGGGAGUCAAACCGGGGACCAAGAACGUGCACAACCUCUGGCUUGAGCUCUCCGACGGCGAGACCUCUCUCACGGACUCCACCCCGCCGGUACGCACCGUCAACGUCGUCUCGGUCCGUGUGAUCGGAGAAGACGGGAAAGUCCUCGUGGAGUCUCACCAGGAGUUGUCCGACGGGAGCGUGCGCGAGAGGUUUCGUCCUUUGUCGGAGAAGCUGAAGCCCGAGGAGACUCCCGACGAAGCUGUCUUUCGAGCUAUUAAAGAAGAGCUGGGUUCUAUCUUUGACGGCGAAAACGACGUCGGAGAGAGGAUCAAGAUUCUUCCUGGGACAUAUAGUAGAAGAGUGGAGGAAAGGAACUCGCUUUCGUAUCCGGGAUUGCCCGCGCGAUACGCGCUUCACUUGGUGGAUGCGACGGUGCGGGGUCUACCGGAGGAAGAUUUCUGCACGGAGGAGAAAGAGUAUGAUGGUGACUCGACGGAAGACUCGGAGGAAACACGAGCUGUCGGAAAAGCUGUGACGGUGAAGCGGCAUUACUGGAAAUGGGUUAGUCCUAGUUCGGUUCGGUCCUAAAACUCAUAAGAGCUUUCACUUUCAGAUUCCUUUUGUGGUCUUUAUUACAGUGAUUCAUCAGUCACAUGAAUAAUCAAGAACCAUGUAGUAACAUUGGAGAUGAUGCUCUUACAACACAUUUAUAAUAUUAUUCAAAUAAGAACAUUAAUUCUCAGUUUAA